CCAACCCUGCCAAGGAGGUUGACCUCCGUGGUGUGCACGGCCUGAAUUCCCAUUGGCCUCCACUGUGUUUGCGAGGACAGGGGCCCAGCUCGGCUUUUUCACCGCUCACUGCGACCGAUCGAUCACAUCUGUGAUACUUCGCGACGGUUGCCGUUGGCAGCACGCGGAGGUCAGUGGGCCUCAGUAGUCUCCAGUGUGUUUUCGGCGUACUCGUACAUCAGGAGUUGUUCCAAGUUUCAGUUCCAUCUUUAAAAUGCUGUCUGCAUAUCAACCCUGUUCACGCUCCAAAAGUUUUAGAAACCAUCUCAGAGAAGUGUUCACCAUCCUGCACUGUUGGCCAAUCAUUGGCUAAACAGAAGAAGUUUUCAUAUCAAUAUCAGAGGAAAUGUUGCAGGAGCGACCUGAAUCGACGGCUUGUGUGAAAAGAAAGCAAAGAUGUGACAUCUCACCUGAUGCCUGCACUCCAGCGACCCAGGCCGCCUUGACUGACGCGUCGAGGGCCGCGGGUCGAUAUGGCGCGCGGCCGCCUACGGGUCGAGGCGUUCUAGGAGGAAGUGGUGAGGCUCAACGCAUCACUGCCGCUCAGACGGGCUGAAACCUGGUCGGCAUCCAAGCAACAUGAAGGCUCCGUCUGUCUCUCUGCUCCGUGGUCUGGCUGUUCUGCUGCUGUCCGGACCGGCAGCUCCUUCUUCAGUCUUUCUGAACGCCAGUCCGAACCGUCUGCAGUUCCUCACAGAGGAGUCCGUCUCUCUGCGCUGCGAGGGACGGCGGAGCCUCGCUGGAUGGACAGUGAGGAGGACAGCGGGGGGAAAGACGCAGAAGUGUGGCCAAGGUCCGAAAGAUUUUGGGAGUUUUGAUGGAUCCUCGUGCAUCAUGUUAGACGUCUCCCCGUUAUCGGACAGUGGAGUUUACUGGUGUGAAAACGGUGACGGGCAGAAGAGUCCUGAAGUCAACAUCACUGUGUCUGGUGUGAUCCUGGAGAUUCCCCCGGCGCCUGUGGUGACAGGAAGUGAUGUCACACUGCUCUGUAGAACCGGAGCCGCGUCCAUGGGCACAGCCUACUUCUCCAAGAACGGUGUCUACAUUGGGUCGGGAUCUAAGGGGGAAUUUACCAUCAGCAAAGUGCAACGGUCUGAUGACGGAUUCUACUCGUGCGCUACUGAUCUGACUGGAUCAUCUUCACGGAGCCGGCUGAUUGUCAGAGAUGUCUCUCCUACCACCCCUCCCCUCCGCCCUACACUUUCUCCUGGUCCUCACCCUUCCCCAACUCCUCCUCCGCCGCCUCCGCUCUCCUCCCUCCUCCUGCCAGUCGUAGCAGCUCUGCUGUUGCUGAUUGUUCUGGUUUUGUUCCUGGCUGGAGCUCUGCUGUUCUAUAGGAAACAAGCGGGCCUGGCUGUGCAGCUUCUGUCUGGACUGGCAGUUUCAGCAGGUCUGGCUGUUCUGCUGCUGUCCGGACUGGCAGUUCCUUCUUCAGGCGUCCUCCCUGCUCCCUCUGUGUCUGUGGUGACACUGCUCUGCCAUCUAGUGGUCUUCUGUCCAUACUGCAUCUCCACCAUCCUGAUGGUAUCUAUUUACUGCAGCAGGAGGACAGGAAUCAAACGACCAGCCUCCACUGAGAUGGCCGAGCGCGCUGAAGGCGAAGACUGUGGCAACAUCACGGCCGAUGUCACCACUGAGCAUCGCGUCUGAGAGGAAGAGGCCGGUAGAAUGAAUUUUGAAUUGGAUUGAAAAUGGAUGAAUUUAAUUUAUUGACUUUACAUUCAGUUGCAAGUUUAUUGGAAUUCAGUUCCAAACUAAUAAUUUGGAUUUCAUAUUAUGCUAUUCAGAUUCAGUUUUUCUGUACAGUUAUUCAAGUGAAACAAUGCAAAUUCAAAUAGAAAUGAUUCAAGUUCAGUUUCUAGCGACACAUAUUUCUGCCCAUACUGGACUGUGGGCUUUUGUUGCAUGAUGCAACGCAACACAAACAGGCUUUUGUGUGACUCUGUCGCUGUCACUCUAAAGUCGGCAAAAUGUCUUUUCACAUCGUUCUUCAAAAGCAGUUCAUAGCCACUUAUGCUGCGCCCAUCAGAUCUACACUUCAUCCAAAAACGGCAAAAUAAUCAGAGGAACUGUUGAGAAUUUGAGAAAUUGUUUUAACAAUAUUGCCGUUCAUUCUAUGACAUCAGGCUGCAGCUUAUUUCUCUUUUUUUUUUUCACAGAAACAAGAGCAGUAUUUACAUAUUUCCAUGCCAGUAGCCGUGCUUCAUUUUAUCAGUCCAUUAUGUUUGAUUCAAAUGAUCUGUAAACCAAGAAAGCUGUUUAUUCAAAUAGUAUCAUGCAGACUGUGUGUGCGUACUUAGUGCACUUCGGGGGCAAAUCUCCUUUAUCCGCUUCAUAAUGACCUUGAAUGCAGUUUUAGUAUGUAUGACUCCAGCAAUCAUUAUUAUUAGCAGGGUUAAUUUAGUCGGUUAAAUUAGUCAAAUCGAACGGGAUGAGAACAGAGUAGUGGCUCAACCAUACUGCAGCCCGCAGGU